AUGGCGUUGGUCGGUGCUUACUCGUUCCUCGCACGUGCAGUUUUUCCUGCUAAUCGCCCUGCACCUUGCAUGCCCGAGAGCGGAACGGUCGUUCCGGGGACGACGUACGAAGAGGACAGGCUUCGUUGCUUUGUCAAGACCCUUUUCGUGGUCAAGAACCGGGAUAGUUUCCAACACGCCAUGCUUCCGUCCCCGACAUUGGUUUUAGAGAAGACUGUCUCAUCAAUACAAUUCGCUUUCCUUUCCAAUGCCAGUCAUGCGACCUUUUGUCGCGGUUUGAGUGGAGCAGCAACAUGCCCGCAACUUUACAACUCCUACGGUUAUAUUUACCCACAACAACAUGGUUUAUUACCUGGAGUCUUUCUUUCCCCCGGAAGGGAGAAACUUCGCGCUACAGGCUUGGUGGUGGAACGUAGUUCUCGUCCGCAGAGAAUCGUUCUGAUCUUAUGUCCUCUCCACCUCGGUCUCACGGUCACCUCGACCUUGGUCAUUUCGGCGACGUCGAACUUGAUUCCUGUGCUGUGGGGCGAGACAGAGGAGGGGGAAAACGUAUCAUGUUGUCGUAAGAAGGCGGAGGUGCUGAGCUCACAGAACAAGUCGAUAGUCGAGGUGUUGGGUACUACAUUACAUACGGAUCUUUUGUCUCGUGGUGGGAUAAUUGCUUCCGAAGUUUUGGCGGUUGUUCGGUCCGGGCGUCAACCGUUUCCUCCAGGUACAGAUAUCUACGUGGCUUCAUGCAGUCUACCUCCGACCCCCCCGCGGCUCUACUUAUCUGAAAAACUUGCGCCACCGUAUGUCCGCGAGGCGUUGAUCUUUGAGGGCAUGGUGCCCCGCCUCGCAACGAUUCAGCCAAGGAAGAACCGACUGACUUGUACACGAAGUGCUCCCUUCGCUUUCCAUGUUUCCCAUGAUUUUCGGCACUGGGCUCAUCUUCAUACGGUCUGA